CGCAAUUCCUGCUGGAUUGUCAGAAGGCGUGGAACACAACGUUUGACGGCUGGAUGGUUGGUGGGGACUGCAGCAAGGCAGCGAACGUCACGUGCGAUGACAAGGGCAUGAUAACAGCCAUAUCCCUGCGGUACAGCAACCUGAAUGGCACGAUUCCUGACUCUAUCGGCAACCUUGCAAGUCUGCGUUCCUUAAUCCUGCUUUACAAUACGUUUACUAGCACCAUUCCUGAGUCCAUUGGCAAGCUUACAAAUCUUCGUCGCUUAGACCUUUGGGGCAACACGCUGACAGGCACUAUACCAUCAACACUAAGCAAACUUCAGCUCUUGACAUUUCUGGACCUCAGUUACAACCACUUAACCGGCACAAUUCCUGACUCCCUUGGGGAGCUCACAAACCUUCUUCGCUUAUGGGUUGUCGACAACAACCUGACUGGUUCAAUACCUGCGACCUUGAGCAAACUUCAGUCUGUGAACUUCUUUAACCUGGGCUACAACCGCUUGACGGGCCCGCUUCUGGACUCACUUACCACGCUUACAAAUAUUAGUGGCUUAAAUCUCCAUAGCAACCAGUUUACCGGUCCUAUACUACCUGGACUGAGCAAUCUUCCUGGUAUUACAGACUU